AUGGCUUCUGUAGCAGCUCAAACUCAACGGCGGAAUCUCCCUCUUCUAGCUACCACUGAAACCUGCUCUGGUGGUACCUACAUCGUGACUGGCGCCAACACGGGCCUAGGGUUCGAGGCAGCCAAGCACCUGGUCAGGCUCGAGGCUGCAAAAGUCAUCCUCGCCGUACGUAACAUCGGCGCGGGUGAGAAGGCUAAGAGGGAUAUCGAAGAGUCAACGGGAAAGAUUGGUGUUGCUGAGGUCUGGCUGCUCGAUCUGGCAAGCUAUGACUCUGUCAAGGCAUUUGCACGGAAGGCGACUACAGAGCUUGAUAGGAUUGACGCUGUGAUCGAAAAUGCGGCUGUUGCAGUCUCAGAGCGCGUCCUCGCUGAAGGUCACAGCUUGUCUGUCACUGUCAAUGUGCUCAGCACGUUCCUUCUUGCUGUGCUUAUCUUGCCCAAGAUGAGGGAAAGUGGGGAGCGAUAUGGAAUUGUACCCCAUCUCACCCUCGUGACCAGUCGGGUUGGAUUCGAUGCUAAAGAUCUCUGGGACAAGAUCAAGGAUGAUCCGGUGAAGAAGAUGGAUGGAGAUGACAUUCCACCGAUGCGAACAUAUCCACUUUCCAAGGUCUUGACAACCAUGGCAUUACGUUAUCUUGCAACUCUGAUACCGGUGGAUCGCACCGGAGUUGUGUUGAAUCUGGUCUGUCCGGGACUUUGCAAGACUGACCUGAGCCGCAACGCACCAGCACCAUUUCGGGAGGACCUCGCCAAGCGCCACGCAGAAUAUGGACGGACUGCUGAGGAUGGCAGUCGCACGCUUCUUCACGGGGCUGUGGCCGGAAAGGAGAGCCAUGGGUGCUUGCUUCAUUCCUGUGAAAUUGGAGAGUAA